CUUCUGCAGAAACUACCGCGCUUCCCUCUCCCCUUCUUGGCAGCUUCACCUCCCAAUUUCAUUUUGAAAUGUUCUCUUCUCAUUUUAGUUCUUGUUGAAUUCGAUCUCUUGAUUGGUGUCUUCCGUUCAUUUUGAAAUUCGUUAUUGGUGGCAUUCUGAAGAUCUCAGUGUAGUUGAUCUUGUCUUUUGCCGUUGAUUUUUGAUGAAUAAAUAAAAUCUUUUAUUCUUUCUCAAAUUAUCGGUCACAAGGACUGGUUUGUUUUUGUGACAUCUCCUCUUCUCUUCCUUUGUUUUUCUGAAUUCUUUGAUGAACGAGUUCGCCAGGAUUCUCACAAUUUCGGGAUAUUUUCCCGUCCUUUGGUUCGAGCUUUGUAUCUGAAAUGAACAGAUGCAAUCUUUUUCAGGAAUUAAUGCAUGGCUUGGGGUUUAUAUCAGUGCAAUUCCGAAGGUUUUCUGAGUCUAUGUGAGAUUUUGGACAACUUUGUGAAGAAUUGUUGUUAGUGUACGAGGACAUUGAUCGUUGCGGCGUUUGGUAUCUGGUUUAAGGAUGUCAAGAGUUCGAUCUUGCGAUAUAUAAAGAUUUUGAAUCGAAGACUUCGACUCCGUUCGCGCCGAAUUUGUCCUUUGGUUUAAGGGUUAGGGUUACUCUGCGAGUUUGAUUGUUCAGUGUAAUGGCAUCUCUUAGGCGCGCUUUCUCUCCGCUUCAUCGGCAUCGCGAUGGGGAUCAGAUCGAUCCUCGUUCCAAUGGCGGCUACAUCUCGGUUUCUGCUUCGUCUACGUCGUUUGAUCCUCCGCCCGACGAUCCGAUUGAUUCCUCGCCUUCGAAGGGCUUCCUUCCUUCAAGGUUGUUCGGUUCCAUCCCGUUGAUAAUGUUCUCGAACCAUUUUCUAUCGAUCGUGAUUAGGAUUCCUCUGGCCAAGCCUUUGAGAUUCCCCGACAGAUCGUCCAAGGGCAGAGUGCAAUCGUGGAGGAGGUUGGCAGUUCGGUUGCUCUUCUUCUUCAUAUUUGGGUUCAUUGCUGGCUUUUCUCCAUUAGGAACAAUGGAUACAACCAUCCUCCUCCCGAAGCAACUGGAUUUCUCGUUUGAUUCCGUCAAUACAACGCAGGAGGAUCUUGGUUUCUACCAGCCAGGAAGGUGGAGCGUUCAUAGAAACGAGAAACCGGGUAAUUUGAUAGGACAAGAGACAGAGAGCAAAGAUACAGGGAAAUUCAAUGGAAUUUCAAAGUUUGUGAAGCCUGAUCAGGCACCAAACAAGCUUUUGAUCGUUGUGACCCCCACUUACAAUCGGGCAUUUCAAGCAUACUAUCUGGGCAGAUUGGGUCACACAUUGAGGCUUGUCCCACCUCCGCUUCUGUGGGUUGUGGUGGAGAUGGGCGCAGCAUCCAGGGAGACGGCGGAUAUCUUGAGACGGACAGGGGUCAUGUAUAGGCAUCUCGUUUGCACGAAGAAUAUGAGUGACAUUAAAGACAGAGGAGUUCAUCAGCGCAAUCUUGCUAUCGAACAUAUAAGAAAACAUGAGCUAGAUGGAGUUGUUUACUUCGCAGAUGAUGACAAUGUCUAUUCCCUCGAGCUUUUUCAGAAACUGCGGGAUAUUCGGCGUUUUGGAACCUGGCCUGUCGCAAUGCUUGCCCAGAACAAAGCCAGUACCAUACUGGAAGGCCCUGUUUGCAGUGGAAGACGAGUCGUUGGGUGGCAUACAAAUGAAAAAAGCAAGCGGCUUCGCAGAUUUCAUGUCGACAUGUCUGGAUUUGCAUUCAAUAGCACCAUACUGUGGGCACCUGAGAGAUGGCACCGACUUGAGCCAGAACCUAUUAGACAAUUGGAUACAGUCAAAGAGGGUUUUCAAGAGACCACAUUCAUAGCUCAGUUGGUUGAAGAUGAAAGUCAGAUGGAAGGUUUGCCCGAUAGCUGCUCAAAGAUUAUGGCUUGGCAUCUUCAUGUGGAAAACGGUGUGCUUGAAUAUCCUAGAGGCUGGCGCCUCAAGCAUAACCUUGAUGCUGUUGUACCCAUCAAGUAAAAGAAGCCAUCUUGGCAAGAUCUUGCUUCAGAUAUGACAACCAUGUUGGAGAGAUGACUUCUUGCGGCUGAUUUUGAUCGCUCAUGUCUCAGUCAUCCCAAUUAGGGCAGUGGUUUUCCACCACUGUCCAUUUCCAUGGUUGUAGCACCGGCUUGGUGCUGAUUCUUUUCUGUAGAGUAUACACAUUGAAGCCACUGAGGUUGGAAAGAAAGAGAAGUAGUCAUUAUGUAAUAUCCUCCAAUUUAGAUGAUGAUACUAGAUGGAGGGAUCGUGUGGAUCUUAUCUAUUUAACAGUAGUUUUGCAGCAGGAAGUUCUGCCUUACAAUUUUUUUUGUAUCCAUAGUUUCAUUAAAGAAAAGAAGUCAUUGGUGUCUUUUGCCAUGAUGGAGCAGUUUUGUAAGAAAAGGCAUCCGUGGAUGCUGUUAGGUUGUAUACUCGAUUCCUUCAAUUUGACCUCGA